AUGAAGUGCCAUACAGUGUUAUUAGUAUUUUUGCUUAUUCUAAACGUAUGUGUAAAUGUUAAGCUCUUUGAUAUUAAAUUUCCAAAAUUAUUCAAGAAACUAAAAGAGGAAGAGGAAUCUUUUAAAGGUUGUGGAGUGGCAGUUGGCAAGCAAACGGCUCAGAGGAGAAUCGUCGGCGGGGACGAUGCAGGAUUCGGCACUUUCCCUUGGCAAGCAUAUAUUCGUAUAGGAUCUUCCAGAUGCAACAUGCUUAUGUCGUUUUUCGAGCUUAUCGGUUGGAAGCAGUGUUGGAUAGAGAGAUGUGGAGGGUCACUUAUAUCUCGACGUCAUGUAGUAACAGCCGGCCACUGUGUUGCGCGGGCGCAACCUCGUCACGUGCGCGUCACGUUGGGCGAUUACGUCAUAAACUCAGCGGCAGAACCACUGCCUGCGUACACUUUUGGUGUAAGGACCAUUAAGGUUCAUCCACUGUUCAAAUUUACCCCACAAGCCGACCGAUUCGACGUUGCUGUGCUCACGCUUGACCGAAACGUACAUUACAUGCCUCACAUAGCUCCAAUAUGUCUCCCAGAGCGAGGAUCGGAAUUCCUAGGGCAAUAUGGUUGGGCGGCCGGAUGGGGAGCUCUUAGUCCAGGGUCAAGACUACGCCCGAGAACGCUUCAAGCUGUGGACGUACCAGUACUUGACAAUAGAGUGUGUGAACGAUGGCAUCGAGCUAAUGGUAUAAACGUAGUAAUAUAUCCAGAAAUGCUCUGCGCUGGGUACCGAGGAGGUGGAAAGGACAGUUGCCAAGGAGAUAGUGGAGGCCCGCUCAUGUUGGAGCGGUCUGGAAGAUGGUUCCUUAUAGGAGUUGUAUCUGCCGGUUAUUCGUGUGCCAGUCGAGGCCAACCUGGUAUCUAUCAUAGAGUGGCUCACACUGUAGACUGGAUCUCACACGCUACCUUGUCA